AUGUCUCAAGCUGCGAACAGGAAGGGCAGGCAGAGGCAGACAGAGCAGAGGAGCUGGCUGCCCUUGUCCUGCUCCGAGGGCUUCACCGAGCUGGGGUACUACAACGGCACCGUGUCGCAGACGGACUCUGGCGCCCCCUGUCUGAAGUGGACGGAGUUUCCCGACUACGUGAUGCAGUAUCCGGGGCGAGGGCUGGGCGACCACAGCUACUGCCGGAACCCAGACCGAGAGUCCAACCCCUGGUGCUUCUUCAGGCAGAACUCCGGGGCCAUCGGCUGGGCCUACUGCGACUGCCACCAGGGGGCUGUGCGAUUGGUUGGUGGUUCUAAGCACAGCGGUCGUGUUGAAGUUUACCUGAAUGGCCAGUGGGGGGCAGUGUGUGACUCUCACUGGACUCACAGAGACGCAACAGUGGUCUGUAAACAGCUGGGACUGAGUGAGAUCGGCAGCACCCUGCGGAGCUCGGACCCCGGCUCCUCGGAAUCCGGUCCGGGCCUGUUCCACUUUGAGCGCCUCGGUUGCCGCGGAGACGAGGACGGCGUGAGUGCAUGUCGUAGCCGGACCUUCGUCACCGGAGACUGUAGCCACGGCAACGAGGCGGGGGUCCUCUGCGCCCCCCCAGAAGGUGACGGACCUCCACUGCGGCUGGUGGGAGGGGAGGAGGACUUCGAGGGCCGAGUUGAGGUGUUUCACGGGGGAAAGUGGGGCUCCAUCUGUGACGACCAGUGGGACGACCGCGACGCUGAGGUGGUGUGCAGACAGCUGGGCUUCAGUGGUGUGGCGAAGGCGUGGUCGUGGGCACACUUCGGACAGGGCUCCGGGCCGAUCCUCCUGGACGCGGUGAAAUGCAGCGGCAACGAGCUCUUCCUGGAUCAGUGUCGCCAUGGAGACUGGGAACAACACAACUGUGACCACAUGGAGGACGCGGGGGUCUCCUGCAGCCCCUACACAGACGGAGUGGUGCGGCUGGUCGGAGGUGACACCCCCUGGGAGGGCAGAGUGGAGGUGUUCCAUAACGGAGACUGGGGCACUGUGUGUGACGACCACUGGGGGCAGCAGCACGCAGAGGUGCUCUGCAGACAGCUGGGAUACAGGGGCCACGCGGAGGUGGUGUCAGACGGGACGUUUGGGGAGGGCGUGGGUCUCAUUCUGCUGGACGAGGUUCGCUGUGACGGCUCUGAGACCUCUCUGCUGGACUGUUCCCACGGGAUCUGGGGCCGGACCGACUGCGCUCACACCGAAGACGUGGGAGUGCGCUGCAGAGGCCGCACCAGCAAUCCAGAGCCUAACGAAGCCUCUGUGAUAGCGCCCUCUACAGGUCCGCUGGUGCGCCUGGUCGGGGGCAGCAGUCGUGCCGAGGGUCGGGUGGAGGUGUAUCUCCAUGGCGACUGGGGCGGGAUCUGUGACUCGGGCUGGAACGACCUGAACGCCGCCGUGGUCUGCAGACAACUGGGACACAGCGGCAGAGCGAUGGCGGCCGCUGGGUUCGGUCAGAGCAAAGGCCCCGUGCACCUGGACCGGGUGAGGUGCACGGGGAAGGAGGAGUUCCUGGGGGAGUGUCCGUCUUUGGGCCAGGGCUCCAGGGGCUGCAGGAGGAGGCAGGACGCAGGGGUUCACUGUGACGUCCAGCCCCAGGAGGCCGAGCAGAGCCAGGGCGAGCUGGCCAGCUGUGGACUGCGCAAACUGGAGGGGAACGCCAACACGGGAGAAGGGAACCUCAUCAGGAACACGUGGCCCUGGCAGGUGUCUCUGUGGAGCCAGUCUUCCUCUGCUCUCUCCCCUCUCUGCUCGGCCACUCUGAUCACCUCCUGCUGGGCCUUGACCUCCGCCUCCUGCAUCACCAGGGCGAUCCCGCACUCCUCUCGCCUGCUGGUCCGAGUUGGGGCCACGGUCCAGACCCUGGUCCCCAAACAGGUGGUGGUCCACAGGAAGUUCAAAGGUCACCGGGGGCGACACGACCUGGCCCUGGUCCGCCUGCUCAGCCCCAAAGGACGCUGCAUGCCUCUGGACCCCAACACAAACGCCGCCUGCCUCCCGAGCGCCGACACUGGAGACAAGGGCGGCCUGUCCUCCUGCGUCGUCACGGUUACCGCGGCGUGGAACAGCCCAGAGCCUGUGUUUGCCACCUGGGUACCUGUGAUGUCAUCGUGGCAGUGUAAGAAACAGUUUGGAGACUCCUUCUACAGCCACGACAGCGUAUGCGCCGGGAGCCCGCCCAACACCACACGUUCCCACGGCAACGGCUGCUCCAGCGGCUCCGGCGGCGGCCUGGUCUGCCUGGACAACUCAGGCCGAUGGGUGCUCUCCGGGGUCGUCGUCGGGGGCAACGGGUGCGGCGAGCCCUCCUCCCCAUCCAUCUACACCCGCGUGGGACGCUUCCGGAGCUGGAUCGACGACGUCAUCAACCGCAAGACGCAAGAGGAGGAAGAAGAGGAGGAGGACGGGGAGAGAGAUUUCAGAGCGGGGGAGGCGAGGCUGGACCUGGGGGAGGAUAGUGGGGUGAAAGUGGGGCAUCAUCCACCAAGCAAGAGCACGCACGGUCAUCACAAGCAGCACACGAAUAUCAAAGAAGAAGUCUGA